AUGGCUGAAAGCGUGUUGCCUCCUCCUACGAAGUUCAAUAUCGAAGCCGCAGAUGCAUACAUAGAAUGGAAAGCUUGGAUAGAGUCUUUUAACAUCUAUGCUGUAGCGGUCGAGCUCGAAAAAAAGUCGGAUGGUGUCCAAACAGCGACAAUGCUGCAUUGCCUAGGGCCGGCGGUGCAAAGAAUAUUUAGAACAUUGCCCGGCAAGAAAGAAAGUUUUAAAGAGGCAGUUGAAGCUCUUGAAGGCUAUUUCGCGCCGAGAAGAAACGUCGUUGCUGAAAGACACAAGUUUCGCAGUCGAAAACAAAAUGCUGAUGAGACAAUCGAUGCGUAUCUAACGUCGUUAAGGGAAUUGGUAAAAACGUGUGAAUUCGGGGCGCUCGAAGACGAAAUGCUAAGGGAUCAAAUCGUAGAAAAAUGCUAUUCAAAACAACUAAGAGAAAGACUCUUAGCUCAGGAAGAACUAGACCUGGCUAAGACCCUCAGAAUAGCAAGAAGUAGCGAAAGCGCCAUAAAAGAAGCACGACUCCUUUCUGGUCAUGAAACAAAAGACAACAUCAUUAACAUUGACCGCCUGAAUAACCCUGACAAGCGAAAUAGGAAUUACAAUAGUGAAAAUUUCAAGUGCUAUAGGUGUGGCGGCGUGGGCCACAAGCCAGCAGAUUGUCGAGCCAUAAGUAUGAAAUGUAAUAACUGUCAAAAGUUAGGACAUUUUGCUCGCGUAUGUCGCUCGAAGGGUGUAUCUCGAAAGCCGUAUGAAUCUCAAAAGACUUCGAGUAAAAAGACGAAAGCGCAUAGAAACGUCCGUGCAAUUCGACGCAAAGAUUCAGAUAGUAAUGAAUCGUGUAUUGAAAGCGAAUCCGAAGACGAACAGAUUCUGUUCAUGGAAGGGCAAGACAGUCCUGUCCAGAUUACAAUCAAUGGUCGCAAGAUAAAGAUGGUCGCCGACACCGGUUGUAGGCAGAACAUUAUUUCUUCCCAGUUGUAUACAGAGCAAUUCAAAGAACACCCACUCAAAAGCACAACCAAACAGUUUGUGGCAUAUGGUCAGAAGGUACCGCUAACCUGCCUUGGUCGAUUUAAAGCCAGUUUGAAAGCGGGUAUGAUGACUAUUCAUAGCUUUGUGUACGUAAUUAAAGGCCAAGCCGAGUCGCUGCUCGGGAGAAAAAGCUGUUUUGACUUGGGAAUAUUCAAACAAGUCAAAUUUGUGAAGCAGACUAACUCUAACUCUAAGAAGAUUAAUGACCCAAGAUUGAACUCAUUAGUUAAUGAAUAUAAUGACUUGUUUCACGGGUUAGGUCAAAUUACAAAUUAUUCGCAUAAAAUUAAAUUAGAUCCAAAUGUUAAACCAGUAAGCCAACGUCUGCGAAGAAUUCCCCUUAGUCAAAUAGAGCAGGUUAAUGAUGAAAUUGAUAAAAUGUUGAAGGAUGACGUCAUUGAAGAGGUACCCGAACCAAGCCCUUGGGUUUCUAAUCUUGUAGUGGUGCCUAAGGCAUCAGGAGGUUUAAGGGUUUGCUGCGACUUUAGAGAGUUAAAUAAAGCCAUUGUAAGGGAACGAUAUGUCCUUCCCAAAGUAGAAGACACUUUGGAUGCCCUAAAUGGCUCAAAAUAUUUUGCAAAAAUUGAUGCAAGAAGCGGAUUUUUCCAAUUAACGCUGUCAGAGGAAUGUAGAUAUUUGACAACGUUUAUAACAAACAAAGGCUGUUUUCGUUUCAAGCGUGUUCCGUUUGGGUUAAGCGAUAUCAGCGAAACCUUCCAAAAAGUCAUGGAAGAAAUUUUGUUCGGCCUAAAAGGGGUAGAAAUCUCGGUAGAUGACGUCAUCGUUCAUGCAGUAACGAUAGAUCAAUUAAUAAGUAGGCUGCACGAGGUAUUUGAAAGGUGUAGGGAACGUAACUUAAAGUUAAACCCUAAAAAGUGCGAGUUUGGGCUUACCAUGCAAAUACCGGUGUUGGGUCAUGUCGUGUCAGCCAAAGGUAUUCAACCAGACCCGAUUAAAACAAAAGCAAUUCAAGAGGCCCCUCCCCCUGCCAACGUUGCAGAAUUGAGAUCAUUUUUAGGCGUUUGUGGGUAUGUAUCGAAGUUUAUACCGAAUUACGCCGAGCUGGUUGAACCCCUUAGGCGGCUGACAAGGCAAGGCACUAACUGGACAUGGGAUAGUGAGCAAGUAGAGUCGUUUGAGGAGUUGAAACGUGCACUUUCUAACGAACCAGUGUUGGCUUGUUUUAAGUUAGAUGGUCCCACUGUUCUUGUGACAGAUGCUAGUCCAGUAGGACUAGGUGGGGUUCUGUUACAGGAGCAAACAACAGGUGAGCUAAAGCCUGUCGCAUAUAUAAGUCGAUCUCUGACACCUACUGAAGCGCGAUAUUCGCAGAUUGAACGCGAGGCACUGGCAUGUGUUUGGGCGGCUGAAAGAUUUCAUAAUUAUGUUUUUGGUACUGAAUUUACGUUGCUCAUUGACAACAAACCAUUAGUCAGUUUGCUUUCUUUAGAUUGUAAAAAGAUGUUGCCCCCACGGAUUCAACGUUUGGCGUGGAGGUUGCAUCAAUAUAAGUAUAAGAUAAAACAUAUUGAAGGUAAAAUGAAUAUUGCCGACUCUUUCUCAAGGUUGCCUUUAAAUGAAUUAGAUGAAACUAGUUCGGGUAACGUUGCGGAGGAGUAUGUUAAAUUUGUGGUUGAAAAUGAUGUGCCUGACAAUUGUGCGUUGUCGUUAUCAGAGGUGAAAGAGGAAACGACAAAAGAUAAAAUUUUGACUAAAAUUAUGAAUUUGGUUCACGUAGGUGCAUGGCCAGCUGAUGCUGAUAUUAAACCUUUCGAAAAGUUUCGGGAAGAGUUUUCGGUUUUCGAAGGUAUUUUAUUGCGCGUAAAUCGUAUUGUCGUUCCAACUUCUCUUAAGAAGCGGAUUUUGAAACUUGCUUAUGAAAGUCAUGUUGGUAUAGUGCGAACUAAGCAGUUGUUAAGGUCAAAAUUUUUUUGGAUAUGUAUGGAUAGGGAUAUCGUAGGUCCGAUAAAUAAUAAGUACUUAGUAACCUAUAUCGACUAUUACUCUUCCUUUCCUGAAGUGGCCAUUACCCGAGACAUAACCUCAAAAAGUAUUGUUAAAAUUUUGAAGAAUAUAUUUGCUAGGCAUGGUUAUCCUGAGGAAAUUGUCUCAGAUAACGGACCACAAUUUAUCAGUCAGGAAUUUAGGCGUUUCUUGAGCUCUAAAGGAAUUAAGCAUGUACGUAGUUCGCCUUAUUUCCCAAGAAGUAACGGGAAAAUCGAACUGUUUCACAGGUAUUUGAAAAAGAAUUUCCAAGCUGUUACUCUUGAGGGUAGAUCCUGGGAGGAGGAGCUCCCUAAAAUUUUGAUGUCGUACAGGAGUAUUCCUCAUCCCAUGACAGGAAAAACUCCGGCAAGUUUGCUUUUUCAUAGGGAGAUACGUACAAAGCUUCCGUCAAUUAAGUUGAAUGUUGAUGUGAGCUCAAGCAAUGUAGAGGGAGAUGCACGAUCGUAUCAAAAGCGAAUGAAGUCUUAUCACGAUCGUAAACAACGUGCAAAAGCGCACUCGUUUGUGGUUGGUGAUAUGGUGUAUCUUGCUAGGAGUAAGUGUGAUAGUAAUAGUAAGCUGAAGUCUAAAUUUGACAAUAUUAAGUAUGUGAUUAUAGACUUUGUAGGAAGAGAUACUUGCAAGGUAGUUAAUACAUUAGACGGGAAAACAUAUAUUAGAAAUGUAAAGUUUCUGACUCGUGCUCCGAUUGCGGAACGGGCAUUAAUAUUCGAUGACAUGUUAGAUAAUAAAGAGGUUAAACCUAAAUCUAACACUGGGGUAGAAACAGAUAAUUCUGAAAAAGAUACUUUAAUAAGAACGAGAUCAGGACGUGUAUCAAAGUCCACAAGAUCUAAGGACUUUGUCUAUUAUUGA